GGCGGAGCGCGCGGGGAUCCCGCGCCCACGGGACGGCCGGAGGGGCCGCCGCGAUGGCCGCCGCGAUGGCGCUCCGCGGGAGCCGGAGGCCGGCCGCGGCGCUGCAGGGGGAGAGAGGUUCCAAGCAGAAUCAGGAUUCCAGCAUGCUGGAUGUUGCAAAGACCCAAAGGGAAAGAAAGUCCCUGUCCUGAAGAGUCUGCAGUUCCAAGAUGAUGGCUUGACCAUUCUUCCAAUCCUGGCUGAGGGUCCCUGGGGCCAUGAUCUCCCAGUACAGUGCUGAUUCUGACAUAGCAGACUGGCUGUCCAUCAUCCAUCUGGAGAGAUACCAGGAUGUCUUUAAAAAACAUGGAUACUAUGUGGCCAGAGAUGCUGUCUUCCUGGACAAUGAGAACUUGCAGCUGAUCGGCAUCACUGCCACUGGGCACCGCAAGAGGAUCCUGAAUCUGGUGCAGCAGACACUGGUGUUGGUGGAAGGCAAAUUUGGGCCCAUGGCAGGAGAUGCCCAUGCCAAGCCUGGUACAUACACAGAGCCCCUGGAUGCACCCAGAGUGUACCAAAUAGGUGAAACCAAAAAUGGUCCAAGUAUUGCUAAAGGAGCUUCUGGAGCAGCUGUUGAUAGGGUUGGAAAUAAACAGCAUUCAGCUGGUCUCAGCCAAGACCCAACGAUGGAGAAGGAGCCUGUUCCACCCCUCACUAAACCAGUACCCAAGCCCAGGACUAUCUUCUACUGCCCAUCCCCAGCAGCAAAGUCAGAGCAGGACCCAGUGCCCAAGCCGCUGGCACAGUCAAUAGUGCCAACACAUAAACCUGGCUCUGAUGGGAAUCCUGGCUCUUUUGUCAGAUUGGAAGGGUUUAUGCCAGGGGAAACUUCCACAGUUCUCAAGAAUUCAAAGCUUACCCCAGAGCAACCAGGUCGCACAGGAGAAAAAAGUUCAAAGGAUGUGGUGGCACCCUCUAUAGGGGUGAGGAAGAGUGCUUUGGAGCCUACCCCUGAAAACGAGACAGGGCUAAGUGAGAUGGGUUUAGCUAAUGAGGGUGAACCUGAAAACUCUUCUCCUCCCAUCCCCUCUGUCCCUCCACGACUUGGCCACAAGGCACAGUUAAUUGAGUCCAGCCCAGCAAGCCUGACAGAGAGUUGUCCUGCAGGCAGCUCCUCUCUGCCUGCUGCUGCCACCCUUGCUACCAGCACACAGGGAGAGCCCUUGCUGUGUCCAAGUGCCUCCUCCCAACCAGCCCUUGUGCAUCGCAGACUGGAAAUGGUAUCCAAUGUCCUCUAUGAAGGGCUAAAUCCUUUGUUGGAGCCUGCUGGGUAUUCUGGAGGUGAAGUCAUGGAGAAACAAACUACUACACAACUACCAGGCCUAGCCACAAAGGAAGUGUCUCCAUCAUCUGAGAAGCCUGAGUCUCCCAGAUGUCCAUAUUUGAGCCUGCCUCCCAUCCCCCAGAGACCCGUCAGCAGACCAGACUUGACUGAGGAGCCCAUCAGUCCCUACUGUGAGUCUGUCUUUGUACGUAGUUUCCCUGCCCAGGAGCAAAAGGGCACUGGGCUCUCCACUGGGCAGGGAUAUAAAGUGGUGCCACAGAAGUUCCCAGACCUGAAGCAAGAAGGGCCAAGGAGAAGCAGUGAGUGCAGCAGUGAGGGGAGAAGUGAGGAUGAGGAGAGCCGAGCCCAGCUGAUUAAUCGGAUCAUCCAGAAUGACACAGAGGGCUACUCCACUGUGGAGGCUCCCCAGGCUGAGGGCUCCCAGUUCAGCCUCCCGCUGCACCUGUACCCAGAUGAGGUCUUGGAUGACUUGACAAUCUCCCCAUAUGCCAGCUACACCUCACUGUCUGAGAAACCACCUACCAUGCUCAGUGGGUGGCUGGACAAGCUCUCCCCACAGGGGAAUUAUGUUUUCCAGAGGCGCUACGUCCGAUUUGAUGGGAAAAACCUCAUGUACUUCAACAGUGAGAAGGACCCAUACCCUAAGGGGGUGAUCCCACUCUCCGUCAUCGAGAUGGCACGCUCUACCAAGGAGAACAAGUUCCAAGUUGUCACCAGCCACAGGAUCUUUGUCUUCAGAGCUGAGAAUGAGGCUCAGCGGAAUGAGUGGUGCUCCACCAUGCAGAAGAAAGUGGCAGAGCAGCGGCAGGUCAGCUCCCGGCCUCGUCACACCAGCAACAGUCACUGGCAGAAGUCCGGCUGUCUGGAGUUCAAGGGUCACAAGUCUAAGGUGUUUGCAGUUCUCAGCCUGGCUGAGAUGUGGCUGUACAAGAGUGAACAAUUCUUUAAAAUGCGUAUUGGCAUCUGCUUGAUUGAGCUGCGUGGUGCUACUAUCCGUGAGGCCAAGCACCGUAGCUUUGAGCUCAUCACCCCAUUCAAGAUAUUCAGUUUCACAGCUGAAUCAGAGCGGGAGAAGCGGGAGUGGAUGGAAGCCCUGCAGGAUGCCAUUGCAGAGACACUCUAUGACUAUGAGGUAGCUGAAAAGAUCUGGUCCAACAAAGCCAACAAGUUCUGCGCUGAUUGCAGGGCCAUGAGCCCUGACUGGGCAUCCAUCAACUUAUGUGUGGUGAUCUGCAAGCAGUGUGCAGGUCAGCACCGGGGUCUGGGCUCCAACAUUUCCAAAGUGCAGAGCUUGAAGCUUGACACCAGUGUCUGGAGCAAUGAAAUUGUUCAGCUGUUCAUUGUGCUGGGGAAUGAGCGAGCCAACCAAUUCUGGAGCCCACACAUCCCACCCUCUGAGGCCCUUUACCCAGAUGCCAGUGCAGAGCAGAGACGGGAAUUCAUCACUUGCAAAUAUCGGGAUGGGCGAUACCGCCUCCAACACCCCAGCUACAGCACUCAGGAGGAGUUGCUGCAGACACUUUGUGCUGCUGUGGCAGGACCCAACCUGCUGAAGACAGUCCUGCAGUUCUUCUCCACUGCUGAAGCUGAGGCAGCUUUUGAUGUAGGAGGCUGUGAUGUGUCUCAAGGUGUUGAACUGUGGCAGAUGUCUGAGAGCAGCUGCCAUGGGAACAAUUCAGUAUGUUCAGCAGGGAGCCAUAGUUCAGUGGAGCCAAGCCUAGACAGCGUCUACAAUGAGAUCACCCAGCCAGUGAUGCACAGUGGCUACCUCUAUAAGGCAGCAGCCCUCCCCAGGUCUGGUGUCAGCAAGAAGAGCAGAGAUGAAUUCUGUCGCGUGUGGUGCUCCCUGGAGAAGUCCCUUCUGUUCUAUGAAACUGACAAGUGCACUGAGCCACUGGGGAAGAUUGAGAUGGCUGAUAUGGUUUCUGUGGGUGUAAGCAAGAUGGAGGGCCCAACCAGUCCUGGGCCUACAGAGAGGUUUCGCUUUACCUUGGACCUCUUCCUGGGCAGUGAGAAAGUACAGCAGCUGGGAGCUGAUGGGCCUGACACCCUUCAGGCCUGGGCCAGUGCCAUUGGCAAGUGGUUCACCCCAGUCAGCUGUCACUGCCUGUUGGGCUAUGAGUUCCAGAAAGUGGGCCAGCUGCGCUAUAAAUCCAUGCUCAACCCUGAUCAGUGGCUGCAGGGCUUCUUCAUCCUGCAAAAAGCUCACCUGUUCAUUUGCCCAGUGGAGGAAAAGGCAGCUGAGGACAGCAUCAACCUCCGGAGGCUACAAGAGCUCAGUGUGGUCCCCCUUAGUGAAACUUCUGAGAAGAAAGAGAUGCUGAUCCUAGUGGAGAUGGGGAGGACCUUUUACCUGCAAGGGGUGUCACGAGUGGACUUUGCAGCAUGGUGCAUGGACAUUCAGGCCUCAGCAGGGGGCUGGGGUAAUGCCCUGCGAGACCAGCAGCUCAGCCGGAGCAACAUCCCCAUCAUCGUGGACAGCUGCAUUGCCUUCAUCACGCAGUAUGGGCUGCGUCAUGAAGGAAUUUACCGGAAGAAUGGGGCCAAGUCCCGCAUCAAGGUGCUGAUGGAAGAGUUCCGGCGGGAUGCCCGUAAUGUGAAGUUGCGCAUCAGUGACAACUUCAUUGAGGAUGUGACUGAUGUGCUGAAGAGAUUUUUUCGGGAGCUUGAAGACCCAGUCUUUACCUCAGAACUGCACCCACAAUGGAAGGAGGCUGCAGAAAUAUCCCAGAAAGCCCAGCGUUUGGAACGAUACAAGGAGUUGAUUAACCACCUGCCUCGCCUAAACCGCAAGACCCUGGCUGCUCUGAUUGGUCACCUCUACCGGGUGCAGAGAUGUGCUGACUUCAAUCAGAUGGGUACCAAGAACCUGUCGCUGCUUUUUGCUCCCAGCCUCUUCCAGACAGAUGGCAAAGGUGAGCAUGAGGUCAAAGUGAUGGAAGACCUGAUAGACAACUACGUCCGCAUUUUCAAUAUUGAUGAGGAUCAGGUGUCACAGAUGGACCUAGAGAACAGCUUGAUUACCACCUGGAAGGAUGUUCAGCUUUCACAGGCUGGGGAUCUCAUCAUUGAGGUUUACCUGGAGCAGAAGCUGCUUGACUGCUGCGUCACCCUGAAGGUGUCACCCUCUAUGACAGCUGAGGAGCUGACCAACCAAGUACUGGAGAUGCGCAGUGUGGCUGCAAGCCUGGACAUCUGGCUGACCUUUGAAGCUCUAGAGAAUGGGGAGCUGGAGCGACCCUUGCACCCCAAGGAGAAGGUCCUAGAGCAAGCUCUUCAGUGGUGCAAGCUGCCUGAACCAAGCUCUGCCUACCUGCUGGUGAGGAAGGUACCCAUAGGAGAAGGUGGCUGUCUCUUUACAGGUGCCAAGAGGGAGAGCCCCAAAUGUGGGCUACUGAAGUGCCGGGAGGAGCACCCCAAACUCCUGGGGAGCAAGUUUCAGGAGCGAUACUUUGUCAUCCGUGAUCAAAAGCUGCUGCUGCUGAAGGAGAAAAGGAGUGCCAAGCCAGAACGGGAGUGGCCUCUUGAUUCAGCCAAGGUUUACAUGGGGAUCCGGAAGAAGCUGAAGCCACCCUCUCAGUGGGGUUUCACACUGACUCUGGACAAGCAGCAACUGUAUCUGGCAUGCACAGGGCAGGCUGAGUUGUGGGACUGGAUCACCAGCAUCCUGAAAGCUCAGCAUGAUGAUCUGCGCUCAGUGAUCCUACGGCGGCGCUCCUCCUCUGACCUCUCCAAACAGAAGUUUGGCACCAUGCCACUGGUCCCUUUGCGAGGAGACAGCACUGACACUACCAUGCUCUCUGCCAACCAGACCCUGCGUCGCCUGCACAAUCGAAGGACUUUGUCCAUGUUCUUUCCCAUGAAAAUGCAUCAGGACUCACUGGAUGAGCAGCAGGAGAAGGAAGCAGCAGAUGCAGAGCCUGUCUAUGAGGAGGUGGGCAACUUCCCUACACUGUCCCCGCUGGAGCUGGACAAAGGCCUCCUGGCUGCGCUGUCCCAGGUGCCUGCUGUGGACAGAUCCGUGAAACCAACCCUGUUCUCAGAGCAGUCUCAGCACCCAGCACUUCGCUCCUCACUGCCUCCAAGCCCAGGCCAAAAGGUGUCCAGCAUGCCCUUUACUAAGGCACUUUCCCUUGAAAGAGGCCUCAACCUGGAGUCUGAAAAGGCCCUGUACCACACCAGAUCAUCUGGGCUCAGACCUACCAAAACAGCUUCCCUUGAGAGAAAUCUAGAGCCAUCCCAAGUACUACCUGCCUUGGCACAGGAGCAGGAGGCAGAGCAGAAACAGCCUCUAGUGCUAGAGCCCUUGUUUGGCAAGGCACCCCCUCCAGAGGCCUCCAAGAAGAUCAGCCAUCUGCCUUCACCCAUCAAUGAUAAGCUGAUGCAGGAGCUGAGCAGCGUCAUCCUCAGGAAGAAUGAGGGCCAGGGCCCUGAGCUUGGGCCAGGCCAGCAGAUCACGUGAUUUCCACUGCUGGACAGGAGGACAUGUGACCUUGGGUGGCAGAGCAGAGGCAGCAGGUCAUAUGACUAGUAGCAGUAGAUACAAGGUCUGGGGUAAAUGGACCUGUCAUGUGGCACCUGAGUGCUCCCUUGUGGACCAUUUCUGCCUCCUGCCACAACCCCAGGAGCCAAAUCAAGAGUGAGUAUUUGAGACUAGAGGAGGCAUCAGCUUCCCUGGCCUUUGGAUUGGAAUUCCUGAGACAUGCUGUGUCGGAUCAGAUCUGCAGGGAAAGAGGGAAGAUAACUGCCACUGUUAGCAGCUGUCAGUUGUGCCCCUCAAAUGUCUGCACCUGAGCAGUGUCUGUUAGUUACAACAUUGUACCUGCAGAAGGGAGCCAUGAUGGCUUAGUUAUCCCUCAACCUCAUGGUCCACGUAGGAAGAUGUGUACACAAAGAUGUAUAUCUUUAUGAUAAAGGUGCAUAUCUUUAUCACAAGCAUCACACAGGAUAAGUGCAGAGCACCACAGCUACAAUUGUUGAAGAGCCUGGAGCAGUGGAAAGCAUUGCAGAGCCAGACCCAGAAACAGAGAAGUUCCUGGGGGUGGGGGAACAGGAGCUACAUCACAACAAGUCUGCAGAACUGGCAUUACAUAUGCAGAGGGAGCUGCAUAUGCACGGUCUCAAUGUGUGGGUGCAUGGCUUUAACAUGCAGGAUGCUUGUAUGAGGAAUGGGUGCAUCUGUAUACAUGUGCAUGUAAUUCCAGUGUGUAUGUUGCCUAUGUGCCUGUCAGCCUUCCAGAGGGGCUUACUUUGUUCUAGACAGAGGUAGACAGGGCUAGUGGGAAAAUGGAAGUGGCAGCACUGCUAAAGCCCAUCUUCUUAAUUACUAUUACCCAGACCCCACAGGUGGUCUGUGGAGGCUGUGUCCAGAAGAAGGGCUGCCUUAUAGCAUUAGAACUCAUCCUAAGCAGAGAGAAAAAGGAAAAAGUAGAGUCAAGUUUGGAAAGCAUCGUGGCAAUCAAGUACCCCUCUCUGCUGCUCUGCAAUGUUCUGACCUGUGUCUUGUUGCCACUCCAUAUGUAUUAUAGUAUCUGUAUAUACUUUUUAUAUGCUGCCUGGGACAGGGCCAGGGGACAUGCACUGUCCCUGGGCAGGAAAAGCACCAUCUGGGAGAUGGGGACCUUUAUAACAGAGGAUGAAACUCGCUCUGUUCCAGAAUAUUUAUAUCUGUUUCCUCCACCUUCCAUUUGAAUAAAGUCUUUGUACCUCCAGACAA